CCAGUUUGCAGAUCUCUCCUCCCCAGUUCCUGGACGUCAUCCUCUCCAAUAGUGAAUCGGUGGUGCUGAUCGAAUGCCAUGCAGGGAGAAAUCGGUGGCUGUGAUGGCAGGCGGCGGCCAUAGAGGAGACAGUGUGCAGUGAUUUGUGGGGGAAGGCAGGAAGGAAGGAGGGAGAACAAAGCCUAGUGAGGAGGACGAUCUGUGCUCCUGUAUAACUGUCUAUCCCUGCUCGCUGGGAGAAGGUCCGCCAUAUUCUGCCUUACCACGCCCGGGGAGCAGAGCCAUUGAAAAUAGAGAGAGAGAGAGAGAGGGGGGGAUGAUCGCAGGCAGACAGAGGCUGUCCUAGGUACAAGGCGAGCGGGCGGGCGGGCUUCAUGACACAAGGACAAGGAAGGAGAUGUGGAUGAGGGGGACCUGUGCCUGUUGUGUGCCCAUGGAUGUCACCAUGUUAGCUGCAUGCUUGUGAGAGCAAGAGGAGGCGGAGCAGGAGACUGACAGCACAUCGCCUCUACACGGGCAACCCACCCACCUACCUACCUACCUCCCCAUUCCGGGGUGCCAGCAGACCAGCCAGGGGCACUUGAGUGCCUUGCUCCCCCCUUUUCCCUCUCUAUCCCCUCCCUCAGACCCCCCCUUUUCCUUGUUGUGCAGCAGGCAGGUCUGUGAGUGUUAGGGUGGGGGGGCCGUCUCUUUCCACCAGUCGGGAGACAUGACUCUGGAGUCCAUCAUGGCGUGCUGCCUCAGUGAGGAGGCCAAGGAAGCCCGGAGGAUCAACGACGAGAUUGAGAGACAACUCCGCCGAGACAAGAGAGACGCCCGGAGGGAACUCAAGCUGCUGCUCCUGGGCACAGGAGAAAGUGGAAAAAGCACAUUUAUAAAGCAGAUGAGAAUAAUUCAUGGAUCUGGGUACUCUGAUGAAGACAAGAGGGGGUUCACUAAACUUGUGUACCAGAACAUAUUCACUGCAAUGCAAGCUAUGAUCCGGGCAAUGGAUACCCUUAAAAUCCCAUACAAGUAUGAACACAACAAGGGCCAUGCACUGUUAAUCAGAGAAGUUGAUGUAGAGAAGGUGUCCACAUUUGAGAUGCCCUAUGUAGAUGCAAUAAAAUAUCUAUGGAAUGAUCCUGGAAUACAAGAAUGCUAUGACAGGCGACGGGAAUAUCAGCUGUCUGACUCUACUAAAUACUAUCUUAAUGAUCUGGACCGUAUAGCUUGUCAUGGAUAUCUACCUACCCAACAAGAUGUGCUCAGAGUCAGAGUGCCCACAACAGGAAUUAUUGAAUAUCCAUUCGAUUUACAAAGUGUCAUCUUCAGAAUGGUCGAUGUAGGAGGCCAGCGAUCAGAGAGGAGGAAAUGGAUACACUGCUUUGAAAAUGUGACCUCCAUAAUGUUCCUUGUAGCACUUAGUGAAUAUGAUCAGGUCCUGGUGGAGUCCGACAAUGAGAACCGGAUGGAAGAAAGUAAAGCACUAUUUAGGACGAUUAUCACAUAUCCCUGGUUUCAGAACUCCUCAGUCAUCCUCUUUCUCAACAAGAAAGAUCUCCUGGAGGAGAAAAUAAUGUACUCUCAUCUAGUUGAUUAUUUCCCUGAAUAUGAUGGACCCCAGCGAGAUGCACAAGCAGCAAGAGAAUUCAUCUUAAAGAUGUUCGUAGAUCUGAAUCCAGACAGUGACAAAAUAAUCUACUCUCAUUUCACCUGCGCCACAGAUACAGAGAACAUUCGCUUCGUCUUUGCUGCUGUCAAGGACACUAUCUUACAGCUGAAUCUGAAGGAAUACAACUUGGUCUAACUGUGCCUGCUAGUUUUCCCAAUCUCCUUUGGGCCAUUGAAGAAAUUCAAGAAGGACUGUAUUAUCUAUAAGAAAAGAAACAAUUUGCAUAAUACUAAUUUAUUGCCGUCCUGAACUCUGUGAAUGUCCACAGAGUUUGUAGUAAUUAUUAUUAUGAUUUUAUUUAAACUAUGUGGAGGGAAAAAUGCUGCAGUAACCAGGCAGCACCAUUUUCUAGGAGAAAACGACUUGUGCUUUGAUAUGUAAGUCGUGCACUCACAAGGGCCGGUUUCAUUUUUAUUGCUUCUUAUUUUUUCAAGGAGAAAGAGCAGGAUGCUUUUAGUUCUGCAUGAUGCUCAGAAGCUCCUUCUUUGUCUUUUAAUCCUUUUCAAGUUAAGGUCUCCCCUUACAAUAAUCCCUUUCUGAGCCGCUUACACUAGUAAACAAUUAGGCAUAACUUUUGUUUGAUUUAAUUUUUUUUAUUUUUAAAUUCAAGCCAUCCUCUUUGCUAAUUUAUAUACUUUUUUGAAGGAUAAAAGUAUUGAUACUGUGAUUUUUAAAUUAUUGACAUGUAUAAAGUAGAUUUGGUUUUUGGUACUGUCUUUUGUCACUUCAAGGAGGAUUUAAAGAACUCAUAUCAAGCAGUAGGUACAUGAGUUCAAUCAUUAGCCAUCUACACAUUAUGAUGACAGACAAGAUUGCAUACUGGUGAUUGAAAUGUCUGUGCAAGAUGACCAAGACUAACAAAACAGAAAAAUUAAGGGGUUCUUGUUGUUUAGUGUGCAAUUUUUAACUUGGAGAUGGGCUUACAUAAUCUUGGUGGUAUUUUAUGUUUUACUUGCACAUCAAAAAUGCCAUGUACACUACACAUUUUCCCCCCAGCUUUAGUACAUUAUAUUUGACUUUACAGAUGCAUUUUUCUUAAGGUGAUAUUGUAGAGCUGACUGAAUAAUUUGUGCAAAACCAGUAUCUAGUUUGCCAAAUCUGGCUCUUUUUUUGUACUGUACAUAGACAAUUAAAAUGCCAAAACUGA